CGUCUUAUAGCGUCCUCAGCGGUUCAGCCAGAUCGCUUACAACUCAACUCUCGGACAUAACAGAGUCUCGGGCACCUGGGAGCUGUGUGGUGAAGUUGUCGUCAGCAUGUUUCGCGGUCUUUCCCUGCCGUUGCUUUUUGUUCUUCUAAGUGGUGUUCUGCAUGCUGAUGUGCUCCUGUCGUCACCUCCAGAGGGCUACACCCUUCCCACCAGUCCUCCAACUAUGGAGGAAACUGAUGCCCCUAUGGUCACUCCUACUACACCAGGCUUUGCCAGUACCAUAAUGGACUCUGCAGCUGCCACCGAGCUCACUAGUGCAACAACUUCCAAGCCCUCUCUGGACACCACUGCAAUAACAGAAGACCCAACUAAUCACUCAACCAAUGCUACAACUGUUGCUCCAACCACUCAUCAGACCAAUAGUACAACAGAAGCCCCAACUACUCACUCUUCCAAUGUUACAACUGCUGCUCCAACUACUGAGCCUGCCAACGCCACAACAGUUAUUACAACCAAUACCACAACAGCCUCUGUCCCUACCACCCCUGUCCCUACCACUCCUACUCCACCACCCAACCCCCUGGUUGGAGAUUACAUUGUCAAGGCUGAUCCUAAUUCUUCUGUCUGUCUUAAGGCAAAGAUGGGUUUGCAGUUCCGAUUCAAGCCAGAAACUAGCUUUCAGACAGUUAACCUUGACCCAAAUGUAACGAAUACCAAUGGAUCGUGUGGAAGCAAUGGCACUGACUCCACGCUCACUCUGAUGUCAGACACAAUCACAGUCCACUUUGUGUUUUCCAAUCAGACAAACAAAUUCCACUUGAGUGCUCUGAAAUUCACUCUGGUUAAUGGAAAUGGGAGUGUCUUUAAUACUGCAACCAGUAACCUGUCUCUGUGGGAGGCUUCGCUGGGUAGCUCAUACAUGUGCAGAAAGGAACAGACCUACAACCUCACAGACAGCCUUAUUUUAAAUACGUUUGAGCUUCAGGUGCAGCCCUUUGGAGUCACUGACAACAAAUUCAGCACAGCGGAGGAGUGCUUUCUGGAUGCUGAUUUAAGCUUUCUCGUGCCAAUCGCUGUGGGUGUGGCUCUUGGCUUCCUAAUCAUCCUCGUGCUUAUCUCUUACCUGAUCGGGCGGCGGAAGAGCCGCACUGGUUACCAGUCUGUAUAAGCAGGCUCGAGCCGUUUUCAACGCUCUCCUCUAAGCUUGUCUCAUACUCUACUCUUUUUCCCCUUCUUUCCUUUUUCCCCCACUCUGUCCUUUAUUACUGUUUUUUUUUCUUUCUUACACACAUCAACCUAUGGGAGGCCAUUUUAGCUUUUAAUCUAAAUCUACUUCUUCAGAUUCAAUUUGAACAAGUGCAAACUGCUACUAGCACUAAAUAAAAUCAGAUUUGGAAUUACUUUAGCAUGCAAGAUCUGAGUUCUCACUAAGAACUCAUGGCUUGUCUCUUGAAGCACAUUUCCAUAGAAAAGUAGAAGGAGGGGGGGAAUGUUGCUUGUAAAAACUUAGUAGGUAAAUAUUUAGAGAGGUCAAAACAAUUACUUGGUGUCUCAAAAAUAACGACUUGGUCUGACAGACAACAUUUUCAGAAAAUGACUUAAUAUCUCAAGUAAUGAUUUUCUCUUAUGUUUGAUGUACUGUGUUGAAAUAAUUACUUUCUUAAAAAUGUAAUAACUCAUUGUUCUCCUAAUACAAAAUCUUGGAAAAAUGUUCAAGAUAAUAUUUUGAGAAAUUAAGUCAAAUGUGAGAUACAAAGUCAAAGUUUUGAGAAAAUAAGUGAUUGUUUCAAGAGACAGGUGAUUGUUUUCUACCUGGCAGGAAUAGGCUUCCAUACUUUUCCUAGUUCACUUUGAAAUGAAUUAUAUAAAAUGUUCUUAAACUGUCUAUUGUAAGAAAUGAAUUUCUCCAUUAGCAUUUUAACUGGUUGAAAUUGAAUUUCUGAUAUCAAAACGGUGGAUGAAAAGGUAGCAUGGCAUUCCUCAUACACUACAAACUACUCAACCUGUAUAUCCUGCAAACAGUUACUGCUUCUGUGAAAUUCCAGUUUCUGGUUUGUUUGCUGCCUGUAUUAAAUUAUGUAUGAGUUCUGCUGACAGUUCUUCCUGUCCAGAUAAGGUGGCGUUGCCAGGCCGUUUCAGCGGUGCUGACUCAGUCAAUUAGAGUAAAACUCAGCAGCUGUUCAAAUAAUCACUGGCAUUGCACUAAAUGUUAAAAUGCAUGAUCUUAAUUAAUAGCUCUUUUUAAACGUUAUCUAUUUUUAAUCCUCGCCGGAAAAAAAAAAAAAGUUCAGGGCUCUACAAGGCUCUACAUGAUUGUGUUACGUGAUUAUCCAUGUGAUUGAAUGUAUGAAUGGUUAACUUUUAGAAUUAGAAACUUUGUUGCUCUACUUUAUUAACCCUUGAAUGUAUAUGUCAUUUUAGUUCUGAACUUACUCAUAGGUGGAUCACUUUGUCGUUGAAAUUAGAAAGAAACAAAAAAAAACAAACCAAAAAAAAAAAACCCACAUCCUGGCACAUUUUUCAGUGCCUGUCAAUAGUAAAAUGAGGUCAUAAGUGUCAUAGUACCUAUUGCACUUAUCAUGUUGUACAAAGGGACACUAAAGUUUGCAGUGACACUUUACCAGCAUUUGAGAUGGAUGGAUGUAAUGAAUAUGAUUUUUCUGUUUUUUGCUCCCCCCUGCACCAACCACCCCCGCCCCAGGUCAUUAGGUCCCCUCUCAGGGAAAGGCAGGAAGUGUUGUAAAGUGGGUCAGUUGCAAAGCUGAAUUUGUGAGCAGUAUACAUUUAUAGCAAGUCAGAAUACUUAGGUCUUAUGGGCCGUUUGACUGGCGUACAGUGUGUAAUGGUUAGAGCAAAGUUACUGUGACUUGGGUUUGAGUUCUUUUCAGUAUAGAAGCAGUACCAAAAAUCAUAUGAACACCAGAAUACUGUCAGCCCUUAAAUACAGUGUGCCUUUUUGUUGCACUUCCCUGUCCCUUCACUAUAGACCUGCUCCAGUCAGUGGAAGAAUGAUGGGUCAUGUUAUGUUUGUUUCAAUGAGUAAGAAAUUUCAAUAAAAUGGCUGUUUUUGUA